UUCGACGACACCUUUAAUACCUUUUCACACCUGGCAUAAGUACGUAAACACUGCGUCAAAGUCCGUGCCCUACGUGUAACGCAUCGAAUUCACGCAUACCAGACGUAUAUCGCGCAAAUUUAUUAUAUACGUUCGAUCGAGAUUUUAAUCAGAAAUAAUUAUGAAUUGUCACGUGAAAAUACCAUACAAAAUCAUGCUCCUGUUAUGUCUACAUUUUUGCGUUUACGCCCUCCCACGCGCGGUGUUGCAGAAAGAUAAAAGCACUUUAUCUACUACAACGAAUGUUCAGAUGCACGCCGAUGGUAGAAACACCGGCUUUAGUGGUCCCUCGAUAAUAGACGAUAUGUCUUACAUCGAUUAUGAUCCAUCGAAUAAAAUCCCAUCAAAAAGACCGAACGUUUGCAACGACUGUGUUUGCGGAAUCGGUAGAAAGACAAGAAUAGUAGGUGGAAACGAAACCAGUGUUUUUGAAUAUCCAUGGUUGGUCAGUAUGAGCAAACAGGGUGUAUUCUAUUGCGCUGGAAGUUUGAUAACACGAAGGCACAUUUUAACAGCUGCCCAUUGCUUGGAAGGAUUCGAGACGAAGAGUAUCAAACUAGUGAUAGCUGAUAGUGACCGAAUGAAGCUCGCAUCUACUGCCAUAGUUCGUCGCAUAAAAUCCGUAACUAUUCACGAAGAAUUCCAUACGUAUAAUUUUAACAAUGACAUUGCUCUUAUAGAAAUGGAUAGACCAGUUUCGUUAGAUAGUAUCAUUCGUACGGCUUGUUUGCCUGAGGACAAAGCCAUAGAUUAUACCGGUGCAAUGGCUACGGUGGUUGGCUGGGGACGUACUGGUGAAAAUAAACCGGUUAGCGAUGAAUUACGUAAAGUUAAUGUUCCGAUCUUGUCUCAGGAGGAAUGUGAUCAAGCUGGAUAUCAAAAGAAUCGUCUUACCGACAAUAUGUUCUGCGCUGGAUAUCUCGAUGGAAAACGCGACGCAUGUUUCGGUGACAGUGGUGGUCCUCUUCACGUCAAAGGAUCUUAUGGCCAUUUGGAAGUAAUCGGUAUAAUAUCUUGGGGUCGUGGUUGCGCGAGGCCAAAUUUUCCUGGAAUAUAUACAAAAUUAAACAAUUACAUGGAAACGUUUAAAAGGACAGCUCGAGUUAUACAAGAGCUUGUCGUUCGUCUGAUCUCAAAAAUACAAAAGUCAAUGUUAGAAAUCGUGAAGACAUUGAAGAACGUAAAAUUCCUUAGUAUUAUUAUUUUAUAUAUAUUAAGUAACGCUAAUGUAUAUUUCAAAGAAUAUCUUGUGCUACGAAAGAUGAACUUCCGUUUGUUGAAGUUCAAGAUCUUUAUCCUCUUUCUCGUUAUGUUAAAGGAAGUAUACGCUAAAAGUUUUGACCUUGAAUCUUCGACGUUGAAUAAAACCCAACCUAAUAAUCGUACUGGAAAAUUUCUGUUCGAUGAAUUAUUUGGCGUCGAUAUCACUGGUGGUGCCGAUGACGAUGAAAAGCUUCGAAAUUGUACAUGCGGUUUUUUAUCAGAAUGUGGUAUAACUAAUAAAGAAAAUCGUAUCGUUGGUGGACGACCAACGAUACCAAACAGAUAUCCAUGGAUCGCUCGUUUGGUUUACGAUGGACGCUUUCAUUGUGGCGCCAGUCUAAUUAAUAAUGAUUAUGUCAUUACAGCUGCUCAUUGUGUACGAAAUUUGAAACGAUCGAAAAUUCGUGUUGUACUCGGUGAUUAUGAUCAAUAUGUGAAUACCGAUGGUGUUGCUAUAAUGAGAGCAGUUAGUUCCGUGAUACGUCAUCGAAAUUUUGACAUAAAUUCUUAUAAUCACGAUGUGGCUUUGUUAAAGCUUCGUAAGCCCGUCAAAUUUUCCAAAACUGUUAGACCUGUUUGUCUACCUCAAGCUGAAUCUGAUCCUGCUGGCAAAGAAGGUACUGUCAUUGGAUGGGGACGUACGUCAGAAGGAGGUAUGUUGCCAGGAAAGGUUCAUGAAGUACAAGUACCUGUAUGGAGUUUGACACAGUGUCGGAAAAUGAAAUACCGUGCAAAUAGAAUCACUAAUAAUAUGAUUUGCGCUGGCAAAGGUACUCAGGAUUCUUGCCAAGGUGACAGUGGUGGACCUCUUCUUGUACACGAAGGUGACAGAUUGGAAAUAGCAGGUAUAGUUUCCUGGGGCGUUGGUUGUGGUAGACCUGGAUAUCCUGGAGUUUAUACUAGAGUUACUAGAUACUUGAAAUGGAUCAACACAAAUAUAAAGGAAGGAUGUCUGUGUAUUAAUUAAUACUCUACCUCGAUUUUAUUACGACUGAAUAUUUAAAAGCUUUCAUUUUGACGAAAUAGAAACGAUACUUAAGCAAGGAAAUUUUAAAGAUGAUAGAAUGACACAAUUUUAUCUGCCGUAUGUUGAAAUACAAACGAUUUAAAAAGUUUCUCUGUGAGGGACUU